GUUUUUCCCACUUGAAAUGUGUAUUUGAAGCCGCUGUGACUGAACGCAAAAUGUCUGUUGGUAAAGACGAGACCGAGCAGAGGUUAAAGGCAGCAGUCCACUUUGCUGUGGGUGGCGUGUGUCAGAGGAUGGUAGAGGACCACCGGAGACAGUUCAGCCGGCAGGUCACAGCAGCGAUAGCAGAGACCACGUUCAGACAAUGUGAUAUAUUUGCUAAAGACCUGGAGGCCUUUGCAAGGCAUGCUAAAAGAAGCACGGUGUCUUCAGAAGAUGUAAAGCUCGUAGCCCGUCGUAGUACUGCAUUGUCGAUCUACAUACAAAAUAAAAGUGAAGAACUGAACCAGGAGCAGAGGGAAUUGAAAAAGAAGAAUACUGGGAAGAGGAAGAGCAGAGACACUGAGGAGGAGAGCAGAGAAUAAGGACAAGACACAGGCAGACCUGCAGCGCCUCACUUGUGCCCAACAUUCAAAUAAACAUUAAAGCUGAUUAAUACAUGACAAUAAGUGUCAUUAAAAGUUGCCAUAGACAUUAUUUUAUGGUAAUUAUGCAUUUCAAUUUUCAAGGAUUCUACAGAAAUAAAUCUUUAUACAUUAUUUGUUCUACCUACACUUUCUGCAGAUCUGGAGAAAAUAACUUGACUUUUUUGUCGUGGGUCCUGUUGAUGUAAUAUCAUAUUGUAGUGCAUUGGCACUAGUAUGACACACAAUAAAAACGAUGUAUGAUCGCAUUAUAAAAAUAAUAAAGCUUUUUUUUGUCAAAUUUACACUGACUACAAGAACUCUGCUAAAUGAUUUACCAGCCUUGUUUUUCCAAACUUACACAACUUAUCUUACUCUGUAUUUUACACUUGGGGACAACUUAAAUGUAUCGUUACUGUCAGGGAAACUACCCAUUAUGUAAACUCAGUGACCACUUUAGGUACACCUGUAUAAUCAAAUGCAAUCCAAUACAUCUGUCAUACAGUCUGUUAUUUUUGUUGAUACUUAAACUAUUACCUCCACAGUUAGUGUUGCUGUUAUAAUGCUCUGCAGUAUUUACAGGUGUCUCUAAUAUUCUGCCCGCCUUGUGUAGGUAAAUAGGGAGGACCAACAAAUUAAAAACCCAACAUAAUGUAGUACAGUACAACACCACCUAUGACCUCAGUGUUAACCAUAACUUAAUUUACAUAUUUACAACAAUGAUAAAAAAAAAAUUACAACAUUUUGAACUCCCUGAAUCUAGAAAUGACAGAACUGUUGUAUUGAUUUGCAAUAGAUUGUACAGGUGUAGUUAAUAAAGCAGCAAUAAGUGAAUAUGCCCUCUAAAAAUCACCAAUUACAAAGCUCAGCAAUGUGCCAUUAGUGUUUUUAUUACCUGAGCCAAAGUCUUGAGGUAACAGCACAUUUCUGAGCUCAUCUACACACAAAGAACCCCCCUAGAACUUCCCUCCAAACUUAAAAGUAGCUGUGGAUAAUCAAAAAGGGAUAAUGAACUCCGACAAGCUAUCAAAAGCAGCAAAAAGACAGGUACUACCCCAUGUCAUGUCUGAGAAGGCCACACACUGAAAGUGUUGGAACUUCCGUCUUCAUCCUUCAGUCAGGGUUCAAACGGAGACCUCGACCAGCAGAGCCCAAGGUCC